UACCCACGGAGGCGUGGGUGUGUGUGUGUGUGUAUGUGCUGCAGACAGCAGCCGACAACUGGCUGCGUAGUCUUUUCAGAGUUUUUCUGCUGUUUAAACAACAUGAAAAAGAACAUAUUAUAAGUCCUCGUAAUCGAAUUAAUAUGCUAACAUAUGAAAAACUCUAUUGAUCUCUCUUGCAUCUUCGUUUUCUUCAUAACUUAUACCUAUAACCUGUGGUUGAUAGAUUUGACAUUUCAGACACCAUCUGGACAUUAAUAUUCGCAAUUUAGUUCAACAUAUCUCGAUUCAAAAUGAAUUGCAUUUUGGCUGUGAAGAUGUACAUUACCAAAAUGACCGAUGAGAGUGGUCCUGGCAUGAAAGUUCUCUUGAUGGAUAGAGAAACCACUAGUAUUGUGAGUAUGGUGUACGGUCAGUCAGAAAUCCAGCAAAGAGAAGUUUAUUUAUUUGAGCGCAUUGAUGCUGGGAAUCAAGAGCCCAUGAAACAUUUAAAAUGCAUUGCUUUCUUGAGGCCAACUAAAGAAAAUAUCCACACGCUUGCCAUGGAGUUGCGUAGACCACGAUAUGGCUCAUAUUAUAUAUACUUCAGUAAUAUAACUCCUAAAGCUGAUAUAAAAACAUUGGCAGAAGCUGAUGAGCAGGAGGUUGUGAGGGAAAUACAAGAAUUCUACGGAGACUUUCUAGCUAUGGGUCCCCACUUAUUCUCAUUGGGGAUCCCUAUCAUGUAUCAAGGGAGUGGUUGGGACCACGAUAUUUUGACUCGAUGUGUUCAGGGAGUUACCUCAGUUUUGCUGUCACUUCAAAAAAAUCCAUUUAUUCGCUAUCAAAGUAAUUCCAAAAUGGCUAAGAGAUUGGCAGAAACAAUUCGGCAAGUAUUAUCUAAAGAGUCAGAGUUGUUUGAAUUCCGACAAAUGGGCUCACCUCCACUACUGCUUAUAUUGGAUAGAAGAGAUGACCCAGUGACGCCUCUGCUAAAUCAGUGGACUUAUCAGGCUAUGGUUCAUGAACUCCUGUCCAUCAAUAACAAUCGAGUGAGUCUGGGACAUGUACCAGGCAUAUCCAAAGAACUGAAGGAGGUGGUACUUUCUGCCGAACAGGAUGAGUUCUAUGCAGAUAAUUUGUACCUGAACUUUGGUGAAAUUGGACAAACAAUCAAAGAGCUGAUGGAUGACUUCCAAAAACGUGCCAAAAGUAACAGGAAACUUGAAAGCAUCCAGGACAUGAAAAAUUUUGUUGAAGCUUAUCCACAGUUUAAAAAAAUGUCUGGCACAGUCUCCAAACAUGUGGUGCUUGUAGGUGAACUAGCAUCAUUGAUGGAGCGCCACAAUCUCCUAGAAGUCUCUGAGACAGAACAAGAACUAGCAUGCCAAGAAGCCCAUUCUCAGCAUUUACAGCAUGUCAAAAGACUCAUAGCGAAUGAAAAAGUACGCCAUGAGGAUGCAGCCAAGCUUGUCAUGCUUUAUUCAUUACGCUAUGAAAACCAUUCCAACAAUGACACAAGUGGUUUGAUAGAAUCAUUGAAACGAAGGGGUGUGUCCGAUAGACUAGUUAAGAUGGUUAGGAAUGUUAUUGAAUAUGGGGGAGCUCACGCUCGACAAAGUGAUUUAUUUGGCCAGCAGGACGCUGUAGUACAGGUCACAAAAAGGUUUUUUAAGGAUCUUCGUGGUGUUGAGAAUGUUUACACUCAACAUAAGCCAUUGCUUGUUGGAACUUUGGAAGACCUAGCCAAAGGACGAAUUAAGGAAUCUGCCUUUCCAUUCCUAGGCAACAAUAAUAAUGCUGCUACCAAAAGACCUCAAGAUGUUAUAGUCUUCAUCAUAGGAGGAGCAACUUAUGAAGAGGCCUUAUCUGUUCAUCAGAUGAAUCAAACUUCAUCACUAGGCAUUAGAGUCAUUCUGGGAGGCAGCACAAUUCACAAUUCCACUACAUUCUUAAAUGAAGUUGAUGCUGCCAGUACUAAAAGCCGCAGCCAAAACUUGUAGAAAGAAAAUGAAAAUUAUAUUUUACAUUCUAUUUCAAAAUAUAUAAAGAGACUUUAUUGAACCUAUUAUUACUAUCAAUUUGCUUUAAGUACUGUGGCUUAAUGAUAUAUAUCACCAUCUCUUGCAACUUCCCCAUCUAGAAUACACUUCCUGACAUUUCACCUGUUUAAUGUCAUAUCUCCAAGAGUCAUUAAAGAUUAUUGUUAAAUAAAAUCUAUAAAUAGUUGC